AAACAAAACAAAACAAUUUGUCCAUACAUGACUGAGCCAGAGAAAGGCAGGUGACUAGAAAUAUUUAAAAAAGGGGGAAAGAAACGCUAUACAUACCUAUUUUUUCCUAAGCUAGCUAAAAUAAAAUUUAAGACAACCAAAAUAUGGUGGGGUUCAAAGGCACUGUGACUGACUGGGGAGUGAGGUCACCUGGGUUCUAGUCUUUCCCAGUCCCUGGUUCCCUAGUCUCGCCAACUAGAUAGUAAGGUCCUUGAAAGCAGGCUGGGGAAAAUCAUGAAGCCAAAGCUCUGGGAGCACCCUAUCUAUAUGAGGCGGAACACUGGCAUUCCAACCUAUGGACUUCGGCAGUCUAUCCUCGUUAAUAAGCGGCUCCAGGACUGUUAUGUUGAUGCACCCACCCUCACCAACAUAUGGACUUCCAAAACGUGUGCAAACCCAAAUGUAGCUACGAAGGGCAGUCCCACGUCUUCCUGGGAAGUUGUCAAGAACCCCCUAGUUUCGAGCUCCUUCUCUCUGGUUAAGUUAGUCCUCAGGAGGCAGCUGAAGGACAAAUGCUGCCCCAUACCUCCCAAGUUAGGUGGUGAGGGGAAGGCACGGAGGAUUUCAAAGGUCAAGACCAAGGGGACUGCGGCAGUGAGGGCUGACCUAGGGGAUGAGGACAAAAACAAGAGCCCUUCUGGGAAGCUGUCUGGCACAUUGGAUCUGAUGGGGCCCACAGGACACAAAAGUGAGAGCAAAGAAAGUCAAAAGGAAGAAAAGGGGGCAGUCAAUGAUGGGGCUGUUAGCCCAAUUCCCUCAGGGGAAAUCAAGGGAACAGCUGGGAAAAUGCAUGGCCUGCCUCUAGAAAACAGAAGCAAUCAACAUUCCCAGGAUGCCCUUGUUAUCCAUGGGCUCUCUGCUGAGCAAUACACGGCCUUGUACCACUCAGUGGUAGAGCCCAUGCUGUGGAACACAUCGGGGACCCCUAAGAGAUACAGUCUGGAGCUGGGGAAGGUCAUCAAGCGAAGGCUCUGGGAAGCCCUGUGCAGCCAGGCCAUGACUCCCAGCCCUGGAGCAGGCCCUGGAAGCUUCCAGAACGAUCCCAUCCUGCCCGGGAAGCGCACGGCUCCCAAACUGGAGAGGAAUGCCAGUGAACCACCGGCAGCAUCCAAGUGGUUGAAGGUAGAGUAAAGACUUCGGGGAGAUAGAUGGAAGAGUAGAAACAUCGAUUAAUAGGAUUAAAUAUUUGACACUGGAUGUCUG